CAGUACGCUUCUAAUUGCAGCAGUGAUACGUAAGUUUCCACACACAAAACCCAUAUAUACAUAGAAACGGAACUCCUCCCCAGCAGUGUGUGUUGUGCACCUACCAAGACCAGAAAUGACUCCGCUGGUAUGCCGGAACAAAGUGUGAUCGAGUUUAUGCCCCAUGAUAUUUGCCGACAAACUCUGAAUAUAAAUAGUGUUCUACUUAUCACAAUCAAUCCCGGUUACGUUGAUUACCGUGUGCAGUGUUGUGAUAACUGAUUUCGCACGGAUCCGUAAUCCAAAAUUAUAUCCCAGUAGCUAUGUAUCAAAUUGUUGUGUUGAUGCCUUUUAAUGGGAAUUCAGUAUAUCAGGAGGCUUUAAACGCUGCGGCAAGGAGUCUUUCCGAACUAGUGCACGUAACUGUUAAUACGUCUUCGGCGACUUAUUGUAGAAGACGAUGUUGAAAAUUUCCUGCCGGCUGUUUAUUUCGGUUGUGCUCUCCGCAACGGUAUUCUCUGUGCUCGUGAAAGCUCGACCCCAGUUGACGGUUCCCAUACAAGCUUUUAACAAAGUCGGCAGCGUUUUGAACGACUCUGCAGCCACUUUCAUCAAGAAGUUAACCACUUCCAAUGCAUCCAGAGACGACGGGAACAACAAAACCAGGACGAGGAUCCUCUUUCGAGGGGACUUGCUUAGCGACUUCAGCGACCAAGACAUCAUCUUCCCCGACGCUUAUCAAGUGAUUUUUGAGAACGUCCCCCGGAUUAACACCGCCCCCAAGUGCGCUAAGGGUAAAACCUACUGCGAGGACUUCGAUCCUUACCCGUACAACCAAGUCAAAGACAUGCUGCAGCGGAAACACAUCCGGAAUGACCUCUUCGGGAAGGACGAGCCUCCGGAGGAUCGGUAUAGCAUCACGAACAGGAACGGCGACUUCGAGUCGUUCGUGUGUACGAGUGUCCAGAAGACGGUGUUCCCGCGGGUUGGCAAAAACAAGAACAACAAGUGGAAGUUUAUAAUCAACCAGGAGGAGAGCGAUGGGUAUGUCCAGGGGAUCCGGAUCGAAGUCUGCAGAAAAGAGGGGUCGGCGUGCGAUUUAAUCGGAGAGAGAGUAAAUGGGUAUAUAACGAGCUGUAAGCAGAAAUACAUGUUGAGGAGGAUGAUGUCUUUGUCGGAGAAUGGCGAUCCGAUGCCGGAUACUUUUCAGUUACCGUCAGCUUGCUGCUGUUCGUAUAGGAAGGAUUUGAGUUUUUUGUCGAGGUUUGGGAUCGAGGAUAUUUCGGCGAGGAGUAAGGCGAAGACGAGGCCGUGAUUUGGCACCAGAUGAUGUGUGCGGGUGUUGUGAUAUUGUAGCUUUUUCAUGGUACGAAUUAUUUUACAAAAUUUAUUCUGUACAUAAAUAUACAAUAUUUUUUUAUUAUACGUUUGUCUAACGA